AUGGCUUACCCAUUCUGCUUUUUUCCCCCUCCGCUCUACACAGAUGUCUCCCCGAUCGUGGCCGGCCUGAUCGGCGCCACCGUCUUAGUGGUGUCCGUCUCUGUGACUGUGUUUGUAUGGACGUGCUGUCACCAGCAAUCGGAUAAAAAGCACAAGACUCCCCCUUACAAGUUCAUACACAUGCUGAAGGGGAUCAGCAUCUACCCGGAGACCCUGAGCAACAAGAAGAAAAUCCUACGGAUCCGGCGAGACAAGACGGGCGCUGCCAUGAAAGAUGGGAGAGGGAACCUUUUGGUGGAUGCCGUGGAAGCCGGGCUCACGAGCUCUGACAAAACCCUCAACGAGCUGAAUGCUGCAACCCCUUGCGUCAGCCAGCUCCCGAUCAAAGUCGACUAUGGAGAAGAACUGAGUCCGGAUCAAAGCAUCACCCCCGCAGGCAGCAAGCCGUCCUCCCCAUCGUCCCCCGAAGAGGACGUCAUGUUGGGGACGCUGACUUUUUCCGUGGACUACAACUUCCCCAAGAAGGCUCUGGUCGUGACCAUUCAAGAAGCCCAUGGAUUGCCAGUUAUGGACGAGCAAAACCAGGGCUCCGACCCUUACAUCAAGAUGACAAUCCUGCCGGACAAGAGACACCGAGUGAAGACGCGUGUCCUUCGCAAGACCUUGGACCCUGUCUUCGACGAGACCUUCACCUUUUAUGGGAUCCCCUACAGCCAACUUCAGGACUUGGUCCUUCAUUUCCUAGUCCUUAGUUUUGAUCGUUUUUCUCGAGAUGAUGUCAUCGGAGAAGUCAUGGUGCCACUAGCCGGGGUGGACCCAAGCACUGGAAAGGUCCACUUAACCAGGGAGAUAAUCAAAAGGAACAUACAGAAAUGCGUCAGCAGAGGAGAACUGCAGGUGUCCCUGUCGUACCAGCCAGUCGCCCAGCGGAUGACCGUUGUGGUCCUGAAAGCCAAGCACCUGCCCAAGAUGGACAUCACCGGCCUCUCAGAUCCCUACGUCAAGGUGAACGUAUAUUAUGGCCGAAAGCGCAUAGCCAAAAAGAAAACUCACGUCAAGAAGUGCACUUUGAAUCCCGUCUUCAACGAGUCCUUCAUUUACGACAUUCCCGUGGAUCUCCUUCCCGACAUCAGCAUCGAGUUUCUGGUCAUCGACUUCGACCGCACCACAAAAAACGAGGUGGUGGGGCGGCUGAUUCUGGGUGCGCACAGUGUCACAGCAGGCGGUGUGGAACACUGGCGGGAGGUUUGCGAGAACCCACGGAAGCAGAUUGCCAAGUGGCACAGCUUGAGCGAAUAUUAGCAGGGUGAGCAGAGGGCGCCGAGCGCUCGUGCAUACGAACACAGACUUUGACCUUUUCCCCCCCCCCGUUUUAGUCGUAGAACUUUAAAAAAAAGAAAAGUUUCCGUAAGAAGCAGCUGGUUGGUUCUCUCUAGUGAUGUUAAC